GCAUAUAAACAUAUUCAAAACCCUAAACGCAAACAUUUGAGAACUCUGUUCUUGAAUUUCAUAAUGUCUCCCGGAGGAUUGCCCACUAAAGCUAGAGGAUUAGGUCGUAGCAUUAACGGAGGAGGAGGAGGAGGAGGGACAGGGACGAAGUGUGGACGGUGGAAUCCUACGGUGGAGCAAGUGAAGCUUCUGACGGAUCUGUUCAAGGCAGGGAUGAGAACACCGAGCACCGACCAGAUUCAGAAGAUCUCUUCGGAGCUGAGUUUCUACGGUAAGAUCGAGAGCAAGAACGUGUUCUAUUGGUUCCAAAACCAUAAAGCUAGGGAGAGACAGAAGCGCCGCAAAAUCUCGUGCAUCGAUCAUCGUCGUGACACAGAUCUCUCUAGUCCUCCUCGUUACAGACCACCCCUUCAUGAACAACCUCCACCUAAAGAUAGCUUUGAAGUUUGUGUCGAAGAAGAAGAGAAAGCGAUAGAGACGUUGCAACUCUUCCCAUUAGCGAAGGUUGAGAGAGUGAGAGCAAACGUUACCGCUGCGACAACCCACAACGAAUACACACGAGAGCAAGCCUAUACGACGGCGUUUUCAACAUACUCAACUUGUGGAGCUGAGAUGGAACAUCCGCCGUUGGAUCUCCGAUUAAGCUUUCUCUGAAGGGUUUUCAUUUUGAUAUUAUUAACGACGACUCUAGUGGGUGGGGAAAGCAUAAAUUAAAGAAAUGAGGAUCAUAUCACAAUUAAUUUAGAACUAGCUAUAGAUUUUGGUCUAUAUGCAUGAGAUGAGACCCUA